CGGAGUGAUAAGCUGUAAUGGUAUUCUAGGAGCAAUCCACUCCCUUUGUACCGCAUACGUGUUAUCACUGAUAAUUAUUCGGAAUAAUGGUUCUGAGGAUAUAGAGGGGGUGAUAAGUCUCGCGGAUUUGAUCACCAAGGAUUGAAUGGGGAAGGGUGCAGUGGUCUCUGCAGGACAAUCUCGAGAGGAAUUAGAAAUUCGGUUCACCGGUUGUUUUGACUCGGAAUAAUGGUCAAGUAUCAUGAGAACAGCACGACUUUCCAGUUUGACUGGAGCCAGGUUGCUCAGGGCUUCUGGAAACGAUAUCCAAAUCCGCAUAGUUCGCAUGUACUUACUGAGGAUACCAUAUCGAGGGAAGUGAAGGAUGGAAAACUGUACACCAAAAGACUCCUCACAAAAACUAAUAGGGUGCCUAAGUGGGGGGAGAGGUUUAUCAGUAAGAAUGUUGUUAAAAUUGUUGAGGAAACUGUCGUUGACCCUGAGGAGAAGACACUUACCUCGUAUACGAGGAAUUUAGGGUACACCAAAGUUAUGAGCGUUAUUGAAAAAGUUGUGUACAAAGUAUCUGAUGAGAAUCGAGGCUGGACAGUCGCUCACAGAUCAGCAUGGAUAGACAGUUCGGUUUACGGAUUUAGAAGUGCAAUUCAAGCCUUCGGGCUUGACAGAUUUAAGAAAAAUUGUAUGAGAAUGAGCGGUGGUUUCAACUACGUGCUUGCUCACAUGUUCCCAAGCACAGCCCAACACAUGAGUCCAACCCUCGCGCAGAUGGGAUUUGCUAAUUAUGACGACGAGCCAUCAAUGACGAAAUUCACCCAUGCAGCAGAGGACCUUCAGCACUCGCUCCACGACAAAGCAGAGAAGGUGAAAGACGCAGCUAAAAAAGCAACAGACCUGGCAAAGAAGAAAGCAGGCCCUAUGUACGUGGCUUGUCAACCAAAUCAGUCUUAAAUCAACAGCAUAAACCAGUGAGAGAAAUGAGGGCAUAAUCCCUGAAAUCCACGAAAAUUCAAACAUUUACGUUUAUCCACCCUCCUUUCUCUCAACUUUACCCAAAACCAUUCCUUUUCGACAACUGCCCGUUAAUUUUCUGGAGAUUAACGAGAAUAAUAUUGACCACUGGUGGAACACAAUAAAGAAAUAGAACCGUCAACACACCACACAUAAUCAAAAUGAAACUGCAUUUCCACAUCUAUCAAACAACACGAGAGUUGAUUAAUUCUUUUACAUAAUCACAACUUGACAAGUGCAUAAUACAGUCACAGAGAUGUGCUUGUAAUCGAUAAUUCGACCCAGUGAAAAUCGCUAGCAAUAACGUAACAUUGAGUAAUCCCGGUAAUCCACAAAUUGCAUAAUGAGACGUACUGUGUAUUCAAUGAUGUAAAUAGAGAUUCAUGCCAUUUUUUAACUUCUUUUCUUAGAUAUUUAUAUAAUAGAAUUAUGAAUCAUGGUAAUGUUAGAAUGAUCUUGAAAUGUUAAAUAAAUCAGAGAAAUUUAAA